UUCCCCAGCAUCCAAUUUCCCCUCCAAUUUCUCGUCACUCUCUCUGUCUCAUUCUCUCUCUCUCUCUCUCUCUCUCUCUCUCUCUCUCUCUCUCUCUUCUUUCUUUUGUUAUUCUCUUCCUAAGCUCUCCAGCUCACAACGGCGAGAGGGCUGGGGUUCGCAUGGAAUUUCUCUCUUUCCGUCUGGUUUUCUAGGUUUUUUGCUUUUAUUUUUUUUCUAUUUUUGUCAAAAUGCUCUUCAGGCGAACAAGUAUUUCCGACGGACUUCGUCGAAUAUGGUAGAGAAUUUUAGUUUGGAGUUUGUGAAUUGUUACCCAAAGUUUUAGGGGGCUUCCGGAGGGAUUUCUAGGGUUUUAGUUUAGACCCCAAAAAAAAAAAAAAAAAAAAAAUCCAUUCGAAUUUUAAAAAAAAAAAGAAAAGAAAAAUGCCGGCGCACCGUUCGAAAUCGGAGAAGCAAGAUUCUGCGAAGCCGCUUCGGCGAGACCCCUAUGAGGUGCUCGGAGUUUCUAGGAACUCCAAUGACCAGGAAAUCAAAAGCGCUUACCGGAGAAUGGCGCUCAAGUACCAUCCUGACAAGAAUGCAAAUGACCCUAAAGCAGCUGAUAUGUUUAAGGAGGUCACAUUCUCCUAUAAUAUCUUGUCUGAUCCAGACAAACGACGGCAGUAUGACACAGCUGGCUUCGAGGCUGUUGAAUCAGAAAGCCAAGAUUUGGAGCUAGAUCUUUCAAGUCUGGGAGCUGUCAACACCAUGUUUGCUGCUCUGUUCAGUAAGCUUGGAGUUCCAAUUAAGACUACUGUAUCAGCAACGGUCUUGGAGGAGGCACUUAACGGCAUGGUCUCUGUUAGACCACUUCUACUGGGGCAGCCUUUAUCUAAAAAGGUUGAGAAGCAAUGUGCUCACUUCUAUUCUGUUACAAUAACUGAAGAGCAAGCACGAGCUGGAUUUGUCUGUCGAGUACAUUCAUCUGACAAAAGCAAGUUUAAGUUGUUGUAUUUUGAUCAGGAAGGGAGUGGUGGAUUAAGCCUCGCCUUACAGGAAGACAGUGCAAAGACAGGAAAGGUUACAUCUGCUGGAAUGUAUUUUCUUUGUUUCCCUGUAUACCGGUUGGAUCAAACAAUGAACUCAGUUGCAGCUGUUAAGGAUCCUGAUGCUGCCUUCUUCAAAAAGCUAGAUGGUUUUCAACCAUGUGAAAUAACUGAACUAAAGGCUGGCACCCAUGUCUUUGCUGUUUAUGGUGACAAUUUUUUUAAAAGUGCAAGCUACACAAUUGAAGCUCUUUGUGCUGGACCUUUUAUGGAUGAAAAGGAAAGCCUAAGGACUGUAGAAACACAGAUACUUGCAAAAAGGGUGGAGUUGUCAAAAUUUGAAACUGAAUACAGAGAGGUUCUGGUGCAAUUUACCGAGAUGACUAGUAGAUAUGCACAAGAAAUGCAAGAGAUUGAUGAGCUUCUCAAGCAGAGGAAUGAAAUACAUGCCUCGUAUACAACUGCUCCUCCAAUGAAACGGAGUUCAAGCAGAAGCAGGAAUAAGGGUCUGGCCAAGGAGGUUAAGGAAGAUGGCCAAGUGAGAGACAAGAAAUCCUCAGUAAGAGAUCGGCUUAAGAAGAAAAAAUGGUAUAACAUUCAUUUAAAGGUUGACAAGAGCAAGCCUUGCUAAAGACGGUAUAAAUCAUGACAUAACAUCUUAUGAUCGAUGUUAUGUCUCUUGUCAUCUUUGUGAUAUAUUUACAUUAGGAUUUUGCUUGGGUUGCUGCAUGGAAUCUGAUCAACUAGUUUCCUAUUAAGUUUUCCUUUGGGUUUUUGGGUUUCCAUGCAAUCGGAGUACAGGGCUAAGCCACAUCUGCAAGUCCCAAGUUUGUUAGAUCGGUUACAUGGAGAUUAUGGUUCCGAAGAAAUGGCCCCACUACCCAUGGCAUGUCAAGACGACAACUCAUUGUUAUUGUAAAAUUCUUUCCCUUAUUAAUGUUACUCUUUUAUGCCAUCAUCAUUCUCAUGUUCAAGCUCUUCGGCAUUUUUCCAUCCCAUAUGUAAAAUUUGUAAUUUAUUCAUGAAGGUCCUUGAAUCGCCUCCUUGCAUGGGUUAUAUUUUUGGGUUAAAGAAAUGGAAAAUUUGUUGAACUAUGUGUUUCCGUACUA